CCUCUGGCGGAGUGAUCUGCAGUUGUGAAGGUCCUGACGGGAGACAGGCAGUGGAUCGAUAACAAACCAGACUCGGUGAAAAAUUAUGACUGCAACAACAGGCAGCUAGCUGGCUUCUCAUCUUUAACAAGCCAGAACCCCAGUCAAGCAAACCAAGACAACCAAGACCAUGGAAAGAAAAGGUGUACCUAUUAAGCGCAUUCUCAGCAAGCCCCAGAUAGUCCGCAGUCUGGGCAGCAACCUUCACGCGGAUGUGAAUGCCAACCACUCCCGGGCUGGAUGGUCACUCCUGACCAAAGUGCAGCGCAGCAGGCACAAAAAUCUGUAUGAAAUCAACCAUCAAAUCAGGUCCAAGCCUGAUUUAAACACAACACUACCAGUUCGACAGACAGCAUCCAUCUUCAAACAACCAGUGACCAAGGUAACAAAUCAUCCCAACAACAAGGUGAAGACAGAUCCACAGAAGGCUGUGGACCAACCCAAACAAUUGUUCUGGGAGAGGAAGUUGGGCGGGUUAAAUGCAUUUGAUAUCGCAGAGGAGCUGGUGAAAACUAUGGAUCUUCCCAAAGGCUUACAGGGUGUUGGACCUGCAUGUUCAGAUAAAACACUUCUCUCUGCCAUCGCCAGUGCUCUGCACACCAGCCCCUCCCCUGUCACUGGACAACUCACUGCUGCUGUGGAGAAAAAUCCUGGAGUCUGGCUCAACACAUCACAACCUCUCUGCAAAGCCUUUGUAGUGACGGAUGACGACAUCAGGAAGCAGGAGGACCUGGUGCAGAAUGUGAGGAGGCGGCUGGAGGAAGCCCUCACAGCUGAUAUGUUGGCUCAUAUAGAGGACACCACUGCAGACGCAGCCGCAGCAGCAGCAGCAGAAGCAGCAGCAGCAGCAGCAGAAGCAGCAGCAGCCAACAAAGUGGAGGAGAAGGUUGAGCAGGUGGACAAGGAGGAAUUAUAGCAAAGGCUUGUUUGACAUGAAGUUUGCUGGUAAACUCCUUUCAUUUUCAAAUAAUUGGCUCCAUGAAGAUUUUUAUACACUUUGAACUGAAAGACACCCUAAAUGCAGACAUUCUGCAGAUUUUGUUUACCUUAACAAAGACUUUUCUUUAAUAUUAUUAUUAUUUUUAUUUUUUUCAUUCGAUAGUGUAAUUCUGGAAGGGUGCUUUGGAUUUCCAGUUAAUUUUUUACCUCUACUAAUGUAAUGCAACUUUCUUUAGACUUUCCAUACUGUUUAGUGUUUUCAUGUCACAAUGACAUCACCAUUUCAUCAUUGAUACUAUAUUGAGUCAAACGAAAUUACUGUUCUUGUAAGUAGUUGUACUUUUAAGGCAGUUUACAGCAGUUGUGGAUGAUUCUCUUCACAAUGCAGUGUUACAGUUAGUAAACAGCUGUUCAACUUCAUAGUUAAGUUUAAAACACAAACCUGAUGUGUGUAUGUGUGUGUGUGCGCUUGUGUGUUUGUGUUGAAUGUAUCAUUUCAUGUUGACGUCUUAACUGUGUUUCUUUUUUUAACAUGUUGCUCUUUUAUUUUUUACUCUGGCACUGCAGGUAUAGUGUAAUGUUUGGAAGCAUAGAAAGGUUGCAGUAUGUUUACAUGCACACGGCACUCCUGUUGCUGUGAAUAAUACAAUUGAGUUUGAUUUAUUUCAAGUUUUUACGGUUCAAAAGCAGUGUUAUUUCUCAGAAUAACUAGAGUUUAAAUGGUUUUGAAGUUUAAGUCAUGAUAUUUUUGUUGACAAAAGAAUAAGCAGUACUGUUUCGCCAGCUACAUUUGAGUUUAAUAAGUAACAGAAAAAGUGUGUACCCUCAGAAAAUACAAAAAACAAUAAAACACUGAUGUACCUCGUAACAUGAUGUACUGUACCUCAUUACAAGAUUCAUUAUUUGUCUCAAUACCACUGAAAUAAAAGCAGUUCUUUCAUG